AUGACGAUUCCCACCGGAAAAAUCUCGAGUGUCUACUUCGAGACCGAACUCGGCAACUUCACCAAGAUCGUCGAUCGCAUCGACAACGAGAAGCUCGUCAAGCUCUGCGGCAAGGCCAACAGACAAGAGCACAUCGGCACCUGGCAGAAAUUCGUCUACCAGCACCCCAAUGCCAUGCUGAUUCGCUCGUUCGAGACCGAGUACGAUGCCGCCGUCAAGAUCAUCGAGUGGAUCUGCAACUACGACUUCGAGCAGCCGAUGUACGAUCAGGCUAUUACCACCGACCUCAUCAACUCGGAAGACUUCACCAAAGUCGUGGAGCUGUACUACUCCGUCGGCUCCCUCAACAUCACCCGCGAAUACCGUGGUCAGCAGCUCCGCGACGACAUUUUCCAUUACAUCAACAGCGCGCCACUCUCCAGUAACGAGUUCAUCAUGAUCUAUGAGUGCUGCGCCUUCGAUCAGGGUCUCGUUGUCAGAGCCUUGAACAGCUUCGCAUAUGCGCUCAGCACGCGCCACAAGUAUCCCUACCCCGCUGAUCAGGCGGAGGAGAUUGAGGCGUACUGCAAGGAUGUCGGCAUUUGGGAGGACGUGUCGGGACGCAUCGAGUUCCAGAAGAAGCGCAUGGAAGAUGCUGCUCAGCAUGACUGGGAGAACAUCGCCGAGAAUGAGAAGAAGACAAUUGCGUUCAAAGCUGGACGUGUCAUUCCCGGUCCCGUCUUCAAUGACCCGCGCCUCUCGGGCCGUGGAAGAGGUCGUGGUGGAUUCGGUCGGRGUCGCGGUGGCUUCCGUGCCACUCGUGGUGGAGGCACCAACUCAUUCAUCAACAUCCUGGUAGUGGAACCUGGCCAGGCCAAGGAUAGCGCUGCUGGAUGA